AAUACCAGUCACCAGAAGAACCUCGUUGUUGUUAUUCACCCGUACGAUCGUACAAGGCCUACCAACAGGGAAAGAUAUAUCUGACGUCAUCAUCUGCCUGUCACCAGACUAUCUCGUCUUGCUAAUCCACCAUCUCUAACCCACCUGGCCGCCCCAACCUAUAAUUAUAAGAACCUUCCCCAUCUCUCUCUCUCAAGCAGAAUAACGGCAAGAAAUAAAUAAUGUCAUCAAUCCCCGGUCUCUCGACGAGACUAAGCCCCGUCUACCCACCAAGCCAGACCUCAGAAACGGAACCGGCAUCGACACAAGCCUUGAUUGAAGCGCUGGGACUGGAACGCCACGUCGAGGGUGGGUAUUUUGCCGAGAUUGAUAGAAAUCCGGUUUUGGUGGAUAACCCGUUCUUGGAUGAUGGAGAAGAAGAGGAUGGGGAAAAGACAGCAUCAACACCUCUCUCAGGAGAUGAUACGAAAAGAAACGCCAGCACGAGUAUAUACUACAUGCUCAGCGCGGCGAAUCCGCAGGGGUGCUUUCAUAGGAAUAAGGCGAGGACGAUACACACCCUCAUCUCCGGCAAAGCCCGGUACAUCCUCAUCCACGCAAACGAAUCCAACACCCCCAAACGCAUAGAAAGUUUUGUUGUGGGAAAUGACUACGCGGCUGGUGAACGGAGUGUUUGGGUUGUUGAGGGGGGGAAGUAUAAGGGUAGUUUUUUGCUGGAUGGUGGGACUGAGGGGAGGUGUUUGAUUAGUGAGACCGUAAUACCAGGCUUCGAAUACUCAGAUCACGAUUUCCUUACCAUGGAGAAGUUGAGGGGCUUGGUGACGGAGGAGCAGGCGAGGGAGUUGGAGUGGUUGGUUAGAAAGGAUUAAGGUUGGGAAUAUAUUAUCACUGUCUAAUUAAUACUAGAACGAGUGUGUAGCCAUUAUUAUAACUAAUACC